AUGGCUGAACUCGACACUCUGGACGUUAUCGUCCUCGGCGCCAUCCUCCUCGGCACCCUCGCAUACUUUACCAAGGGCAAGGUAUGGGGCGUCACCAAGGACCCCUACGCCAACGGCUUCGCUGCUGGCGCCGCAGCAAGGCCUGGGCGCACAAGGAACAUCGUUGAGAAGAUGGAAGAGUCUGGCAAGAACUGCGUCGUCUUCUACGGCUCCCAGACCGGCACCGCUGAGGACUAUGCUUCGCGUCUCGCCAAGGAAGGCAAGAGCCGAUUCGGUCUCGAUACCAUGGUCGCCGAUCUUGAAGAAUACGAUUUUGACAAUCUCGACACUAUUCCCAGCGACAAGGUCGUCAUGUUCGUCCUCGCUACCUACGGUGAGGGAGAGCCCACCGAUAACGCUGUCGACUUCUACGAAUUCAUCACCGGCGAGGACGCCAGCUUCACUGAGGACAACGAUCCUCCUCUGGGCAACCUCAACUACGUCGCUUUCGGUCUCGGCAACAACACCUACGAGCACUACAACUCGAUGGUUCGCAACGUCAACAAGGCCCUUGAAAAGCUCGGCGCUCACCGCAUCGGCGAAGCUGGUGAGGGUGACGACGGCGCUGGCACCAUGGAAGAGGACUUUCUGGCCUGGAAGGACCCCAUGUGGGAGGCUUUGGCUAAGAAGCUUGGCCUCGAGGAGCGUGAGGCCGUGUACGAGCCUACCUUUGCUAUCACCGAACGCGACGACCUGACCCCCGAAUCCACUGAAGUCUAUCUCGGCGAGCCCAACAAGAUGCACCUCGAAGGCACUGCCAAGGGACCUUUCAACACCCACAACCCCUAUAUUGCGCCUAUUGCCGAGUCUCGGGAAUUGUUCUCCGCCAAGGACCGAAACUGCCUCCACAUGGAAGUCGAUAUCAGCGGUUCGAACCUCAGGUACGAGACUGGAGAUCACAUUGCUGUCUGGCCCACCAACCCUGGCGAGGAAGUCACCCGUUUCCUCGAUAUCCUCGAUCUGUCCGCAAAGCAACACGAAGUCGUCAAUGUCAAGGCCCUGGAACCCACCGCCAAGGUCCCCUUCCCCAACCCUACGACCUACGAUGCUAUCCUCCGGUACCACCUCGAGAUCUGUGCUCCUGUUUCUCGUCAAUUUGUUUCUACCCUGGCCGCCUUUGCUCCCAACGACGAGAUCAAGGCUGAGAUGAACCGACUUGGCAACGACAAGGAUUAUUUCCAUGAGAAGACUACCCCCCAUUACUACAACAUCGCGCGUUUCCUGGCUGCUGUUAGCAAGGGCGAGAAGUGGACUAAGAUUCCCUUCUCUGCCUUUAUCGAAGGUAUUACCAAGCUCCAGCCUCGUUACUACUCCAUCUCGUCCUCGUCUUUGGUCCAGCCUAAGAAGAUUUCCAUCACUGCCGUCGUUGAGUCCCAGAUGAUUCCUGGACGUGGUGAUCCUUUCCGCGGCGUUGCCACCAACUAUCUCCUGGCCCUGAAGCAGAAGCAGAAUGGUGACUCCAACCCCACGCCCUUUGGCCAGAGCUACGAAAUCAUGGGUCCCCGCAACAAGUAUGAUGGUAUUCACGUUCCUGUCCAUGUUCGUCACUCCAACUUCAAGCUGCCCUCGGACCCUGGUAAGCCCGUCAUCAUGAUUGGCCCGGGAACUGGUGUUGCCCCUUUCCGUGCUUUCGUUCAGGAACGUGCCAAGCAGGCACAGGAUGGAAUCGAAGUUGGCAAGACUCUCUUGUUCUUUGGAUGCCGAAAGCCUACUGAGGAUUUCAUGUACGAGUCUGAGUGGGAGGAGUACAAGAAGGCUCUUGGCGACAAGUUCGAACUCAUCACUGCCUUUUCCCGACAAUCUUCCAAGAAGGUGUACGUGCAGCACCGACUCAAGGAGCGAUCAAAGGAGGUCAGCGAUCUGCUGUCCCAGAAGGCCUACUUUUAUGUUUGCGGCGAUGCUGCAAACAUGGCGCGCGAGGUCAACAAUGUCUUGGCACAGAUCUUGGCUGAGGGACGUGGCGUUUCCGAGGCCAAGGGCGAGGAGAUUGUGAAGAACAUGAGGGCGGCGAACCAGUACCAGGAGGAUGUCUGGUCAUGA